AUGGCUUCAGCUUCUCCAUCACCUGAUCCCAGUUUGGAUGCGGAAUGGCAGGAGUGGAAGAGGAAAUACGAGAAAACUUACAGCCAGGAUGAAGAAGGACACAGGAGAAUGGUGUGGGAGGAAAAUAAGAAGAAAAUUGAGGAGCACAAUGCAGAAUAUGAGCAGGGCAUGGCCAGCUUCUGCAUGGGCCUGAAUGAAUUUAGUGAUUUGACUAAUGAUGAAUUCUGGGAAGUGAUGACUCGCUCUUCAGACUCAGUAUUAGAAGACCAGGAGAUAAUCAACACACAUCUCUUUAGUGAUAUUCCUGAAUUUGAGAAUUUGACAGAGGAAAACAAUAUGAUACCUGAGAAGGAUCAGUGCAAAGAGAAGGCACCAUCUUCCGUUCCACUACACCGCACCUGUGCCAUGAAUAUCUUUUCUAAUGAACAGAUCAGAACUGUGUUCUAG